GCUGCCAGUGGACGACUGAACCCACACACCCUCUUCAAUCUACACUCGCACAUUGACAUUUGAUAGUUCUACUGUCUGUAAAUUAGAUAGUCGGGAGAAGUCUCGGAGCUUUGAAAUCAAACAAAACAGUCGCGAAAUAUUACGACAGCUAACAAAAUACACAAAAAUGGAAUCGCCUCCUGAUCCAGCAAGCGACCCGGGCAACAGCGCCUCGGAGCCGGCUACCCCGGUCAGGGACACCCCGGUAAACCUGGAGACUCUCCGAAAAGCUGACCAGCAAGCUCCAGUACGAAGGCAAACCUGUUCCAGCACCAACAGAGGUAUUUCAGUAACAAAGAAGACGCACACUUCUCAAAUCGAAAUUAUUCCCUGCAAAAUCUGUGGCGAUAAAUCAUCCGGAAUCCAUUACGGCGUGAUUACGUGCGAAGGAUGCAAGGGCUUCUUCAGGAGAAGCCAGCAGAGCAAUGCUGCGUACUCCUGCCCCCGUCAGAAGAACUGCCUGAUCGACCGAACCAGCCGCAACCGCUGCCAGCACUGCCGGCUACAGAAGUGCCUGGCGGUGGGCAUGUCCCGGGACGCGGUGAAGUUUGGCCGAAUGUCUAAGAAGCAGAGGGACAGCCUGUACGCGGAGGUGCAGAAGCACCGGCUGCAGCAGCAGCAGCGCGACCACCAGCAGCAGCCGGGGGAGGCGGAGCCUCUCACGCCCACCUACGGCCUGUCCGCCAACGGCCUGACCGAGCUGCACGAGGACCUCGGCGGCUACAUGGACGGCCACACCCCCGACGGCGCCAAGGCCGACCCGGCCGUGGGCGGCUUCUACCUGGACAUCCAGCCCUCGCCCGACCAGUCCGGCCUGGACAUCAACGGCAUCAAGCCGGAGCCCAUCUGCGACUUCGCCCCCGGCUCCGGGUUCUUCCCCUACUGCUCCUUCACCAACGGGGACACCUCCCCCACCGUGUCCAUGGCAGAGCUAGAACAUCUGGCCCAGAACAUCUCCAAGUCCCACAUGGAGACGUGUCAGUACCUGCGGGAGGAGCUCCAGCAGAUGACCUGGCAGGCCUUCCUGCAGGAGGAGGUGGAAAACUACCAGAACAAGCCCCGGGAAGUCAUGUGGCAGCUGUGUGCCAUCAAAAUCACUGAGGCCAUCCAGUACGUGGUGGAGUUCGCCAAGCGCAUCGAUGGCUUCAUGGAGCUGUGUCAGAAUGAUCAGAUCGUGCUUCUGAAAGCAGGUUCUUUGGAGGUCGUGUUCGUGAGAAUGUGUCGUGCCUACGACUCUCAGAACAACACAGUCUAUUUCGACAGCAAGUAUGCAGGGCCAGAUGUCUUCAAAUCAUUAGGAUGUGAUGAUUUGAUCACCUCGGUCUUUGAGUUUGGGAAGAACCUAUGCUCUAUGCAUCUGUCUGAAGACGAAAUCGCUUUGUUCUCUGCAUUUGUGUUAAUGUCUGCAGAUCGCUCCUGGCUUCAGGAGAAGGUCAAGGUGGAGAAGCUGCAGCAGAAGAUCCAGCUGGCCCUUCAGCACAUCCUGCAGAAGAACCACCGGGAGGACGGAAUUUUGACAAAGUUGAUAUGCAAAGUGUCAACACUGCGAGCCCUGUGCAGCAGACAUACGGAGAAGCUCACGGCUUUCAAAGCAAUAUACCCGGACAUUGUUCGCACCCACUUCCCCCCCCUUUACAAGGAGCUUUUCGGUUCGGACUUCGAGCAGUCCAUGCCUGUGGAUGGGUAACGGCCCGCCGCGGGCGUAGGCUCCGCCCACCACGCCGGAGGGAGCGGAGCUGAACCAAUCCGAGACACUUUACUGGUGCACUUCCCACACCGGGACAGCCAAUCCGCUGCACAAUUCGGGGAGGGUGGCGGGCUUUUAUCGUUCUUCUUUUCAUUGUUAAAAUUCUGUUCUCUUGUUGUUUUUGUUUUCUUUAUUGCGCGUGGGAUUCUUUACCCGCAUGGAAAGGAGCGGUGAUGAAACUCUGAUGUAACUUCCUUUUCGAGCUGAACUUGGCCUUUAUAUGCAUCUAUUGUCAAAAUGUUUCUCAAAGCCGACCUGGAACAACCACUUACUGUAUAUAAGGUGUCAUUGGUGAUAUAAAUAUGUAUUUAAAUAGAAAUCAAAAAUUGUGCUAAUAUUGCAAGAACCAUUCCCACUGUCUGCACCAAUUAAAAUUUCUUUGGUGCUGUAUUAGGUAUGGGGCAUGCCUUGCCAGGCCAUAACUUGGCUGAUGGCAUACAUGCUAUCCAAAUAAUUUCUUUCAGUGUCAAAAGUUAAUUCGGGUUGCACCUUUAUCACAGAGAAAAGGAUGAUUCUACAGACACUCUGUGUGCAGUUGUAGCAGUUAUUUACCCCAGUGCAUUGAUUAGGAGCUAUAUGCAUGUCCUGGUCAAGUUCGACCCUUUUAUCUUCUGAUUUAGUGUUUUACUGACUUUUCCUUUGGAGUGCUGUGCUCAGGAGGCAUGCCUCCAGUGACCGGGGGCAGGGAGAGAGAGCACGGUGGGUUGAGUUUGGUCUGCCCGCCACGGUGAUGUACAAAAUGCACCUUUUUACGGACAAUCGUCUAAAUGUAGAAUUCUGGUAAUUCUAGUUUUGAAAAGAAUAACUUUAGCUGUCACAAAACUCCAUCCUUCAUGGUUGCAUAGUGAAAUCAUGUGAGGCCGUCUGCUUUAAAUCCUUCACUGCUGAGAUGUCCCAGGCAAACUUGGGGGUACUGACAGAAUUUAAAGGGUCCAUUCCACCUGUUUUUUAAAUGUGCUACAGGGUAUACAGUAGUAAGUACUUACUAUACAGAUUUAAAAAAAAUGUUUUUAGAUUCUAUUUUAAAUAACAUGUAUGAUAUUAGUGGUUAGACUAUUCUUUAUUGUUGAAUUGAUAAGGCACUUUUUAUUUGCACCGUUCUUUUAUUUAAGACUCGCGUAUUACCUAGUGAUGUGUUGCAUGUGCGGAAGAGAUACUGGUUUUACCACAGUCGUGCGAGGCUAGGAUUGAGAGAAAUUGAUGCUGGGUUUUUGGCUGUGAGAUUACAUGAGAAGCAGAUAAGCCACUUUUAAUCCAUUCCCCUCAAUCAGUGACAAGAGCUGUCAUCGUUCUCCACAAACAGCUUCCCAAGAGCUCGGUUUAACCGACAGUGGCAAUGCCAGGAAAUGGGAAAUGGCUGUUAGGAAACAAAGAGGCAGUACUACACUGUGCCCGAGGCUGUUUUUCGGGCUCCCUUCACAUUUCUGCCAAGACCCCUGAAUGGAGGAGUGUAUGUUUAAAUGCACCUCCACAUUUUCUAGGGGUUGUUGCAUAACCAGAUGUAAUUUCUAGGUCUUGUCCAAGUCCGCAGGUGGUCUGCCCACUAAUCUCCAACCACAGUGUAGAGAGGGAUCCGGUGUCAACUUGUGAUUAAAAAUAGGAUCAAUGGUGAGGUGUGAAAUGAGAGUACAGUGACUGAGCAAGUGAGUGAGUGUGUGAGGGAAAGACUGGAAGAGCUAGAGAGUGAAUGAGUGAGCUCGUGAACGGGUGAAUGAGUGAGGGUAACAGAUAAGUAAGUGCAUGCGCAUGUGACUCAGACCACAAAUUAGUUAGUGGAUAAGCAAACGACAGAGAGCAGGGAAGUUAGUGAACGGGUGAGCAGGCGCCCAGCACAUGCUUGUGUAUUGCACCUCACAGUGGUGCUUACACACCUCUUUAAACUGAGGGCUUCAAGCGGGAAAGAGUGUGAACUACCAGUCUGUCCGUUUAUAUAAAACUGCAGGUCCCUUUUCAGCAGUAGUCUCAUCCUAAAACAAAAGUAGAUUUUUAAAAUAUUGGAAAUAUCUCUGUAUGUGCAGUUUUGCCUACUGAAAAGACACAAGGACCUUCCACUUUUGGACAUUUGAAAAUAGUCCCUUGUGAAGACUACUUCAGAUUCAAAAUAGAGGUUUUAGGAUUUGCUGGAGCUCCUCGAAAGUUACUGCUCUCUGUAGACUGGUAGACUUCGUUGAGUUCAUUUGAGAUUUUUUCCCUAUACAAACUGGAAAAUAGACUGAUCUCAGCAACUUUAUGUCUGUGAGACUCGCUGAUAAACUUCACAUGUUCCUGGGGGAGGGACUGCCAAGAGGACAUUGUGUGGUGUAUUAAAGAAACGCAUCUGCCUGGUCUAUUUUCAGACAUUGGAGCUGUGAGGUUUUGAGAAAGAUGCAUUGUAAAAUAGUGCCACCUACUGGCUGCAAACAAGAUAGCAGUCAGAGGGAACAGGGAAUGUGCUUGCAGCUCUGUUUUGAUGAACCCCAACAGUCCAAUUCCUUGUCAGCUGAUCAGUAUGUGAGUACAGUGUACGUCUGUGUCUGUGUCUGUGUGUGAACAGUUUGGUGAUUGCCUCUCUACAGUAAGUCCUCAGCCAGCUGUGAUUUUUUUGCCAUUGGAUGGAAAAGGAAAAGAGAGAGAAAUAGACUGUUCAAAGCCUUGUCUGGUUGUAAAGGUUCUAUUUUUAUAACCCAUAAUAAAUGACAUGAAAGUGUGUAAGAGAGAUGACAGACAGCACUUAUAGUAUUCUUGCAAUACAAAGAGUAGGAGUGAUUUGUGUAAAUAUGAGAAAAGUUCAGUUGUAAUACGAGUGCUUUCACAAAAUGCUUUGCUGUUGUUUUUCUUGCUUGUGUUGUGGUCCAACCUUACCAUUUGUACCUUAUCGUGCCAUAGUAAAUAGUCAUGCUAGGUUCUUUCCAGUUUUAUGAAGAUGGACAGUGUUGUGUUGACAUUCCAGGAGCCAGGAUGUUGACUUUUGGAGUGGUGGCACCAGUUAGGCUUAUUCAUUUGAGAGAUCAUCGCACAGUUGGUUGCUUUCUUUUUCUUUUUCUGUUUUUUUGCACAUUGUCUUCAUUCCUCUGCAGUGCAAUAUGUACAUGACUCCACUGUGGUGUACUGUUAACCCUCAGGGAAGUGUGAAAGAAAAUAAAAUAAAAAACAGUUACAGUUACCGUUGAAAGAAGGUUUUGUUUGUUUUCUAUUGACUAUAUUUAAUAUGCUCAUUCCAGAAUGGAAUGUUAGUGAUCCAAAAGGAUAGAGAGGAAGAGAAGCACCAUUGAAAUCUUGUAUGUAUGAUGGACGGAAAACAGCUGUCUUAGGAGAUCGACUUGAGUCUCCAGAACCCGAGCAUACGGAAAUUAAUUAGGAUUGUUCAUACGUAUGUCUUUGGCACUCAGAUAUAAGAACACACAAACAUACAGUGUCUAAGAACGAAACCUAUAGAUUCUUUUGCUAAAGCUGGUUACUUAUUUUAAGUCAGUCUUCUCCAAUCUCAAACUUUUUUUCUCUAUAUAAAAUAUAUGCUUAGUAUGCCAGUCAGACAAUUUUGGUAUAUGUAAUACCAUUCAGACAAAUUAAGAUUCCAGUAAUGUCAUCAGGUUAGUGUCACAAAAUUUGAGUUGAAUGGAUUUGUCGUACUUCCUUGUGGAAACAGUUCUUAAUAUUUAUAUACGUGUGUUUUGUUAUAGAAGGUGAGGGAAGCAAUAUUUUACUAUGCGCAGUUUCAGCUCUAGAAUCCCUGUGUUUACUAUGUUUCCCUGUGCCAUCUGAAUUGCAGACCUGUAUAUAGCUUCCAGUAUCUACAUUCUUAAAGUUUAGAAACACACUCUCAAACUGUGAAUGACAAUCCAUGUACAUAGGUACCUCCAAGUUGUGAAGUAUGGGUUUUGAAUUAGAAAAUUAAUGCUCAGGGAAAAAUAAAUUAUUGUAUUAAAGUAGUGAGGUCAUUUUGUGGGAAAUCUGUUUCUCCAGGUAUGCACUUGAACUGACAUACAUGCUUAGCUCUUUUGGGAGAAAAGUUAUUCCAUACUUUUGAUUUAAGAUGCGGAUUUCAUUUGAAAACAAGCUGAAAAUGCAUAAUUUCCUAAGUGCAGGGUGCAAACUGGUGCAUUUCAGGGUUGUUUUUUUUUCUGUUUUUGUUCGUGCAAGAAUAAGGGAGACGUAUUUGCAGAGUUGUUUAUUGUAAUACUCCUCGAUUAUAUAUUUGGAUAAAUGUUGUGCCAUCCUGAAAAAAAAGAACUUUACUGGACACUAUUACAGUAACAGCAAAGCCCACGCUAGUACUGCAGCACACUAUUUUAACAUCGUAUGUGUAUGCCGCAAGAAAUCGUCAGUCUGUCAAUGCUCAUUUGUCAGUGGUAAUUAUACAGAAAUUGAUUAUGUAAUGGAGACACUGAUUAUAGCCUGUUUAUUGGAGCACUUUGGAGUCUGAGGAUCCCGUAGCAUCCUUUCUGCCACGUACUUAGUCAGAUCCUCCUUUACCAGCUGUUAGGCCACUUCUCUGUUGUUCAGCACUCGCCAAGAUUGCCAUGUUUUUUGGGAAAAAUUCAGCUUUCUAAUGUUACCUAACGCAGCCGAUUGUGAGUAGUUUCUCUUUCUGCAAGUUAUCACAGAGUCACUCCAUGAGUGAUUUUGGGUUUUACUGGGGUAAACUUUUUUCAGCUUAGUGCCAAAUGAACACCACCCCCCCCCCCCCCCCUUCUGUGCCUAGCACAGCGAUAGAUUCUACCCUUUGUGCAAAUCUUGUACACUAGCGAUACGGGUUUUAGAGGGUAAUCACUGCUGCGGGAGCUGUUGAACAAACAGCGGUGAAACACCCUUUCAUACCAUCUGGUGCUAAACAAUGUCUGCUUCACAUAAAUGAGUGUGAAGUGCACGCCCACACCCCAUCAUGAAAAACUAUACAGCUACACAUAACCGCUUAAACAAAUCCCCUCCAAUCUGUAUUUGUGUGCAUAUGUUCUGCCAUUCCAAUCAGAUGCACCUCUGCUUUAAAUGGAGCAAAAGCAAUAUCAAUGGGAAAAUAAUCAAAGACAGGAUGCUUUCUUUCAUCUGCUUUUCAAAUUAAGGCACCUCUUAGUCCCUUUGUGGCCAAAAUUGGGUUGUUUCAAAUCAUGGCAUCUUGUAUAUACUGUAAACUUUCCUCAGACAUAGUGGUGAAAACCUUUCAUUUUGUUUUGCCUAAAAGGUAAAAUGUCUAUAGCAGGCUCAUGUAGUAUGUUCAUGUUUAUUGCAACAGAUGGCAUUUGGAUUUGUCCCUGAGGGGAGAUUGCAGGUUUUUAAACAGUACCCAUACUCAAUUAUGCUCAUUAGCUGAGAAAAUGUGACAAUUUACUACUUAGGUGAAACAACAUUUGUAUAUCUUUGACAUGUCCUCUAAUAACAAUGAAUGAUGCUUUUUGUUCUUUUGUGCUUGCUGUUUGUCAGGUAAUAUGCGUGAAAGAAAUAUUUUUAAAAAAAUGUGGGCUAAACAACCACUGCUUACUAGCGUUGUGUAUUUGUGUGACUGGCUGUGUGUGUGUGUGUUAGAGAGAGAGAGAGAAAGAGAGAGAGAGAGAGAGAGAGAGAGAGAGACCGAUAUAUGAAUCUAUCGUUCACACAUAGAAUGAGCCCCAGACAAGGCUGUACUGAGUUGAGAAUGACAGGGUCAGGUGGUAAAACUGUAGUCUUUUCCCUUUGUUUUCUCUUCAUUUUAAAAGGGUAGUAUAAAUAUGUUUUACAGCAUAUUUGAACAAUAGUCUAACUUUCCAAAGCACAGCAGGCAUAGCAAUGACAACAAGUAAAGAGCAGUUUUCAAAAUAAUGAAAUAAUAACUUCUAGCCAUAACCGAAUGUAAAGCAAUAAUAUAAGUGUUGAAUUCUUAUUUUUUGCAUAGGUUUUAGACAUCUGCAUGUAAAUACCUCUUAUUUAUCACUUAUGGUUUGGUUUUGUCUCUCUUUUUUGUUGGUUUAUUUUUUCUGGUGUUGUAUUGUUUUCUUUUGUAUAUUUGACUGGUUCUGCUCCUGUGUUGGAGACUCAGAACUUCAGAUGGCCUGUACACAUACUUCUCCCUCUCUCUCCACUUUUAAUUCACAAUAUGUAAUGUUAUUGAUCACAUGUAUAGAGGUAACUUUAUAACUUCUGUCUGUAUAGGUAAAUGGAAAAUACUGCUAUAAAUACCUACUCAGUCCAAAUAUUUAUCUGUUUUUCAAGACAUCAUGCUGUACAAUAUAUCUGUUUUAGUAUAUUACUCUUUUAGAAUUAGUUUGAUAGCAGUAGGGUGUGCUGAAUUUUAUUUUGUGUUAUUCUAAUGUGAGGUGAAGUUACUUUUGUGAACAAAACCUUGAUUCGUAAACUAGGCCACCCUAUUUGUCCUGUUCAUUUAACUGAGUAUUGAUAUAUAAUUAAUAUUAGGAAUAAAUGAAUAAAUAAUUAUGAAUAAUGAUACUGAUAAUAGUGAGAUUAAUUGUAAUACCCAACUAGUGCCUGUAUCAGUGUGCUAGUAUUGGGACGAGGCUUUUAUUGUCCUUCUCACUUUAAGAUUAUUAGCAAAGGGAGUAUCAGUACAUGGCAGAGUCAUAAUACAAGUGUUUCCAAAAAAAAGCAUUUAUUAGAUUUUUUGCUGAAAAAGCAGUGUUGUUUUUCAUCUCAGUGCUAGUCCUUAUUGGGCAAACUGCUGGUUUAAGCUGAAGCACCGAACCAGUGGCAGAGCUGGCCUCGUAGGGCGUACCUGAGAAUGUACCUCCCUUUGUGUCAAAAACUGUACGUUGCUGCAGUCCCUACCUCAAAUCAGUUUUUUGAAAAUAAAUUCUAAGAAUAACGAACCUUGUCAUAAAGCUUGAUUAGGCCCUCCUUCAUCAAAUGUAAUAAAAUAUUAUUUAUCAGAUAAGUUCUGGUUCUUGGACUCCAAAACUAAACUUUUUAUUUUUCAAAAUUAGCAAGGGUGUCCACCACAAUCAAUAGGACAUGUGCCCCAAAACCUAUACUCAGUAUUAUUAUAAUAAAAAACAUGUAACAGAAAAUCACCUCUGGGGAUGUCACAUUCUUGUUCCUACAACCAGCCAGAAUAUGCUUGCAAUAAUAAUAAGUGGUAAAUUACGGAGUCACAGUGUUGUAGGACGCAUAAAUUAUUUUAAACAGAUUUUUUUGUUUGUUUGUUGUUUUUUUUCCGAAUAUGUAUUGGAUGUAUAUGCAUAUGUACUCAUAGGUCAGUUUCACUCUCAUUUUGUAUUCCAUCUUCUUUAGGAAUUUAUAUUUCCCAUGUUUGUAUAACAGUUAAGACCAUUGAAACCAGUUUUUCUUUGAUACAAUGUGUUGUAUAUUUAAGUCUGUAUAGAAUAAUGCAAUUGCAAUGUACAAUAUACAAUGUUUUUUUAAAGUCAAAGAGCAUGAACAGGGCAGGCGACAAACAGACAAAACACCGGAUUAAAAUGAAUACAUCAAAUAUACCAUGAAUGUUUUAGCUGACAUUAGCAAGUUAAGUGAAACCCUCAGCUCAGUUCACACUCAUGUCUGAAAAGAAUGGACAAUCCUUGGUGUGUUUUAAGUUGGUAGAAAUUUUUUUUUUUUCUUUUGACAAAGUUGACAAAUGCAUUGUAUUUUAAGUAUGCAAAUGUGUCUGUAAAUAAUUUUUACAACACAUUUGGAUCUCUUUGAAGUUGUUUUGUUAAAUAUAAAUUCAAGGGAGGCUGUUCUGUGCUAAAGCAGUAUAAUCUGUGGAAAACUUAAACCAGGAUUGUGUGUAUUGCAAUUUUUUUAUGUCACGUUUGCUACUGAUCUUAAAAUGAGGACAGAAUAUUGUCAUUUUUAUCCAGCCCAUUUUAAUUCUCGUUAAGACUUGUCUCUUCACAAUAGUAGUUUUGCUCCUUAUUGUCUGAUUCUUAAAUAUAUAAAAAGUAUUUUGAUUCAUUUUGUAAAUACAGCUGUAAAGAAAAUAAGAAAUUUAAUGUUGUCUUUUAAAUACUUUUCAUUCUAAUAUGAAUGUUGUUAUAUUGUACUUAGAAACUGUACCUUUAAUAUUACCUUUAUUAAAAGCACAAUGGACACAUCGAUUUAAGAUGUGCUUCAUGUGCUGUUACCCAUAAUAAAAACGGCGGCUUGUAAUGGG